CUAUUAUCGUAUCUGUAAAGGCGGGACUUCUAAGCGUGCAGGUUUAGAGAGAGAGAACUGGGCUACAGAGAGCGAGAGGAGAGAUAAAGAGAGAGAUUGGUAUAACCGCAAAUCGUGUAAGGGCAAAUCGUGUACGGUUAAAGGGCAAAACGGGUUGAGGUUUUUCGAAGGCACUUGCUCCUCUCGUUUAUUCUCUCUCAACAAAGCUGCUUUCAACUGGUUCGAUUUGUUUGAGAAACCCUAACGGAUGGCAUUUUUCAUAAGCAUAAUGGUCAACGUGGAGAUGAGGUGACGCUAAACUGCAAUUUACGAUUUUUGAGAUUUGGAAUACCAAGAAGGUGCAAGGGAGAGACCGGAGGCACUAGUCCAUCAGGGAGAGAGAGAUACUGUCACAGGAGGAAGAGACCGAAAGAGGGGUGACUUAUUUUUCUCUUUGCUUUAGAGAGAGAAAGUAGAGAGUAUCAUUAUCAUCAGCCAUAUUGGUGGUUUAUCUGUGUUUCUGUUGAAAAUUUGAUCAUGGCUAAUCUACCUCAACCGCUUUCCCUCAACCCCCCUUUCCCUUCUGGCCCUGCUGCCACCAAAGAUAGGAAGCUGUCCAUUCCAGAGCAGCUUGUACUCGAGCUUAUUAUUCCCGAACAGAGGGAGAAUGCACUUUUGGAACUUUCCAAGAAACGAGAAUUAUUUCAAGAUUUGGCCCCUAUGCUAUGGCAUUCAUUUGGUACUAUUGCAGCUCUCUUACAGGAGAUCGUUUCGAUCUAUCCAGUACUUUCUCCGCCUACUCUCACUCCAGCUGCAUCUAAUCGUGUCUGCAAUGCCCUUGCUCUUCUUCAGUGUGUUGCUUCACAUCCAGAAACAAGAACUCUUUUCCUCAGUGCACACAUUCCGUUAUAUCUCUACCCCUUCCUGAAUACCACGAGCAAGACAAGGCCAUUUGAAUAUUUGAGACUUACCAGCCUUGGAGUUAUUGGUGCACUCGUGAAGGUGGAUGAUACCGAUGUUAUUAAUUUUCUUCUUUCAACAGAAAUAAUUCCUCUUUGUCUCCGCACCAUGGAGAUGGGUAGCGAACUCUCAAAAACCGUUGCUACUUUCAUUGUUCAAAAAAUUCUCUUGGAUGAUGUUGGGCUGGCAUAUAUUUGUGCUACUGCUGAGCGUUUCUACGCCGUGGGUCGUGUUCUGGGGACAAUGGUUGCUUCACUUGCAGAACAGCCCUCUGUACGAUUGCUAAAACAUAUAAUUCGUUGUUACCUUAGGCUUUCAGACAAUCAAAGGGCUUGUGAAGCUUUAAAAAAUUGCCUUCCUACCAUGUUGAGGGAUACAACCUUUCAUGCCGUUUUGAGGGAUGACCAGACGACAAAAAGAUGGCUUGUACAACUCAUACAUAAUGUGAGCAAUGCAGGAAACCGUUUGCAGACACUUCAGCCUGGGCAUCUUGAUCCUCUCUUGACUGGCUGAGACUUGGCUCUCAAUAAGUAUCUACUGUGAUCUGUAAUUAUCUGCAUCAUUUAUAAUUAUCACAGCCAUAUUACUUUUGUUUAUAAAUUUUGCAAUCCUUGAGAUGGUUCAAGCUGUUUAUGCCAUUGUAAAGUUUAGUGUUGUUGUUAUCAGUCUUGUGGUCUGUAGUCAUAAUUGGUGAAGGAAAAUUUCAUUAACUUUUUUUCGCAUAAACUUAUGCUGAAUCACCCUGGGCUUGGCCGAAAUGCCUACCAUUGUCCCAUCACGAAUGGUGUUGGUUAACGCAACAUUGAUGAGCCUAGUACAAAUUCUGUUUUGAGUU